AUGUCAAAACAUGUUUUCUUUUAAUUUGACACGUCACAUAUGAAACAAGUUCGAUGUAAUAUCGUACCUACUUUCUAUUACCUAAAAUUGCGUGUAAAACAUCAGUAUUUACAUGAUAUAGUCACAUUAUACCUAAAAUGGAUGAAAGCAAUAUUCCCAUAGAUAUUAAUAUAGGUAAGCUGCAGGACUGGCUUGUCAGCCGGCGUCACGUACACAAAGAAUGGCAGAAGAACAUAAUCGCAGUGAGAGAAAAGAUCAACAGCGCCAUUCAGGACAUGCCCGCGCACGAAGACAUUGCUGCGCUCCUCACCGGCAGCCACAUCAACUACUUCCACUGUCUAAAAAUCAUUGAAAUACUCAAAGAGACUGAAGCGGACACUAAGAACUUGUUCGGAAGGUACGGGUCACAAAGAAUGAAGGACUGGCAAGAUUUAGUGCGAAGCUAUGAGAAGGAUAACUUGUAUUUAGCUGAGGCAGCUCAGAUUUUCGUAAGGAAUAUUAAUUAUGAGAUACCAGGUUUCAAAAAACAGAUUGCAAAAGAAGAACAGAUGCAAACUGAUUGUGAGAAGAAACAUUCAGAUUAUCUAAAAAAUGAGGCAUCUAGUAAAUCAGAGUUCAUGGCUUUGUGCAAACAGCUUGGCAUCAAGGGAGACAAAAUAAAAAGAGAAUUGGUUGAAAGGCUGCAGGAGUUACCUGAAAUAUAUGAUAAGAUAGGCGAAUCUCUGAAACCACUUCAACCUGCAAUAGAUUUGUACUCAGCAUUCACAAAGUAUAUACUGGGUGAUCAAGCUUCUGACCUCCUGCCGCUGCUGCAGUAUGUGGUGCAGCACGGCAACACCACUGUGUACCAGUGGAGUUAUGGGGAGCCACCACUGAGCAUUGAGCCUGACCCCAUACAUAUUGAGUUGGAGGAUGACACACAGGGCUCGGGUGAUCAGAUUGACUUUGGAGACAGCGCAGUAAUUGACUUUGAGUCAGCAGAUGUGUCUGCUGAGAUUGACUUUGGGGAUGGUGAUGCUGGUGGUGAGAUUGACUGGGGGAACAUUGAGACUGUUACUGAUGUGACCGCGCCGGACGCCGCGCCCGCCUCGCCCGCCGAGAGCGGCAUGGCGGUGCGGGCGGCGGGCGGCGGGGCGCGCGGCCGCGACGCGCUCAGCGUGCUGGACUGCGCGCACACCAGGAGCCGCUUCCUGGACCAGCUGCUGGAGUUAACGCCUAAAGAAGAGCGGCCCCAGUUGUGUCGCUCCGCUCGUGUCAGCCGCCGCCCGUCCGCAGCUGGAGUCGUUCCUGAAGAUGCGGCUGUGCGAGACGCACGCGGCCAACGAGAGCCAGUCGUUCUCGCUCAUCGAGCAGCUGCCCAGCGAGAGCGCGGCGGCGCUGGGCGCCAUGCUGGGCGCCGUGCAGGCGGCCGCGGCCGCGCUGCUGGCGCCGCGAGUGGCGCAGCUCCACAACGUCAAGCACUCGCCCAGAUACGUGGACGUGCUGACGGGGCAGCUGCAGCAGAAGCUGAGUGCGUGCGACAAGGCGCGGCGCCGGGCGGCGCGCGAGGCCGAGCGCGCGCGGGCGGCCGCCGACCGCGCCGCCGGCCUGCGCCCGCUGCUGGCGCGCCUGCUGUCGCGCACGCAGCAGCUGCAGGCCGACAUCGAGAGGGAAAUAUCGAAGAAGUACAAAGGAAGACCGGUCAACAUCAUCGGGGGCGUUAAGUUCCUAUAGCGAGACAAAAUAAUGAGACAUUUAAAAGGGAAAGCUCCCUUUGUGACAGUAAUAUAUUUUUUAUCAUUGAUAAUACAUUUUAUUACAUACA